CAAUAUGGCCCGGGGAACUAGGACUCCAGAUUAGAAAUUUGUGAUUGCUUAAACGACAUCGUUUAUAUUGGAGAACCUUCUACUCUCUCUGCGCUCCCGCCACCGCCAUUCACUACCUCACCGAUCAUCAACUUCUCUGCCGUUAUAUCACCGAAAUCGUUCUUUCUAUCUCCUUUACGGCAAUUUCUCACCAGUAUCCACCGGUCGAGUUCUCGCUUCUUUCCGCUAGUAUUUUCCGGGAACAACACUCCAUCGAAUCCCAAUGGAGAAACCACAUAGUGAGACCCCGAAAUCUCCUUUCCAUUGUCCACUUCAUCAUAAAUCGCAUCUCAAAAGCAAAACCUAUCAUACUUUGGUGCAAAUUCUAUCCCAAUGCCAUAAACAUCCUGAACUCUGUGAAAUCCCCCCAAUUGUCCCUCAGGAGCUACAGCCAGAAUAUAAUCAGAGCAAUGAGCCGGGAGAAGCAUCUGAAAAAGAUGUCUGCGAGCAUAUUGAGGUUUCCACUUUUUAUGGUAUGGAUCCAAAUAAUUCCGCGACUCAAACUACUGUGUCGUGUAAUGAGAAUUUUGACCCUGCUGGCUUCCAAGAAGGUUUUUGUGACACAAAGGCAGUGAUUGAUGAGAUAGAGAAUAUGAUGAGAGUAGAAGAAGAUGACAAUCCAUCUAAACAAAGGGACCUGCCAGUGGCUGUAAUUGAUGAUACCGACGAAACUGGUUUACAAGGUAAAGGGUUUGGGCAGUUGCAACAAUGGAUAAUGGAUGAAUUAGAGGAUGUGAUAAAAGGAAAUAAAGAAGUUAGUUUUGACAACGUUUGUAAUUUUGCAACCGCAUCAUUGAAUGAGAGCCAGAAUGGUGGUGUCAUGGGUACAUUUUCUAAUAACGUAGAAAGACAUUUGGAUUUUCAACCAGAUGUUCUGGAGGCAUUUGGGAAUGUUGAUCAGCAACAAGUUGACAAAGCUCAAUCAAGUCAAAAUACCUUUAACACUAUAGAUUCAUCUUUGGAUAAAAGUAUAACUUGCGGAGUUCCAAAAUUAAGUGAUAACCAUGAAGAGAAUAGUUCUUCACUGAGAAAUAAUCAAUUGGAAGCCAGUCAUGUGAUGCAGCAAAAAGAGAUGGAAUCAGGGAAAUCAGUUUAUACUAUUAAUGCAGUGUGUUCUUCUGAUCAUAUGAUUGAAGAUGGUGAAAUGGAAGAAGGAGAAAUUUCAGGUGAGAUUCAGGUCUGUGGCAGCUUAGUUGAUGUGUCUUCUGAAGAAGUAGUGCCACAAGAGCAGAAGCAACUUUCUGAAGAUGUUGCAGAUGGAAAUAAGUUCCCUUCCAAUGACAAGAAAGAAGCGAAUAAAAAGGAUUCUGGGUCCAGUUCUGUUACAUUGGAGAUGGUUGAAAAUAUGAGUGACACGAGAGGAGCGGAAACCAAAUAUAUUAGAAAUGAGAUGGCCUAUAAACGUAAAUUUAUUUAUCGAGAUGCUAUAUUAGUUGAAGCGCCAGAUGGCUAUAAGAAACAAAAGAAAGGUUGUGGAACUAAGGAGCUAAAGAAAGGCAGUGGAGUGAAGGGAGCAAAUAAAGGUAAGGAUUCAGCAUCAUGUGCCAGAAAUGCAGAUCAAAUAGCAACUGGACGCCAAGAAAACACAUGUAAAGAUGAGCUACAUCAAGAUGCUGGUCUGGAGAAUAAAAAAAAGCGAGGACCCCCUUCUGAGGAAAAGAAAGCAAAGAAAAAGGAAAAAAGAAGAAAGAAACGAGCACAAAAGAAUCGGGAGCUUGGUGUUAGGAGGCUGAAAUUACGUCCAGUACAUAAUCCAAAACCUGUGGCAUUGUGUCGCCAUUACAUUAGAGGGAGAUGCCAGGAGGGUGAGAAGUGCAAAUUUUCACAUGAAACAAUACCUUUGACAAAAUCAAAGCCAUGUUGUCAUUUUGCACGUCACUCGUGCUUGAAAGGGGAUGAUUGCCCAUUUGACCAUCAGCUCUCCAAGUAUCCAUGUGCUAACUAUGUGUCAGCUGGUUUUUGCAGCAGAGGUGAGGAUUGCAUGUUUUCUCACGAGUUGCCACUGAAGGAAGAUCUUCCAUCUGUAUCAAAUGUUCCCACUCCUGACCUGAAACCUCAAUCCUUGCCAGGCACUUCAAAUUCUAAAAAGCAACCUGAUACUCUGGGAGUUAAUUCUUGCAAAAAUACUGAGCAUAAUGUGGCCAAGAGUGUUAUGAGUCCACCUUCGGUGGUACCCAAAGGCAUUAGCUUUCUCUGUGCUGGGAAAUCAUCUGUUUUUGAAUCCAGCCACUCUGCACGAGGCAUUCCAUCUCUGAUGAGGAAUGAAGGGUUCAAAGUUGGAAAUAAGACAGAUGGAAGAACAUUAGGCUCAAUUCAAAAUUCAAAUGAGAGUCCACGUGGUACUCCAGCAGCUGUGCCACCCAUGGGAAUAAAUUUCCUCGCAUUUGGCAAAGCACCAUGGGAAUUUUCCAAUAUUAAGAAAUUAAAUGGCAAUAGUGGUGCCAAGUUAUCUUUACCAGUCAAUUUGGAUUUGACUAAGCAGUCUGCUUCACCUUUACAUACGGGUAAUGACAUACAAGUUGGUAAGGAGUCUAAACAAAGUGUGUCAAAUACAACAGCUGGGUUGAAUAAGAUGCUGCCGGAAAGUGAAUUUGCAGCAGUGCCUCUGAAAUCAAACAUUUUGUUAUCGGGGGAAUUUUCAACAGAUGGUUCUACGAGUAGUUCACAGGGUAGCUUGCCUUCUAAUUCAGUCACAUGUGCUGAUAGAUCUGUUCUAGCAAGUGCAAUUGCGCCUGAGAAAUCAAGUGCAAUCCUACAAGGUUUGUUAGCUUCUGCACAUCAAUCUGCAGAUUAUCCGUGGUUAAAAAAAACACCAAAGUCGGCUCAGAAGGCAUUUUUAUCUACUCUUGCAUUCGCAGCAAAAGUUGAAUCUGAAAUGAAGAUGAAGCAAUCCCCCAUUGGUGCUCGUGCUGUCAGUGGUAGGAUCAUUAAGGAAACUGGGAACAUUGUAAUCCCAGAUUCACAUAAUGACUCGACAAAAGCGUAAAACUUUUUGGAAGCCCAAUCUAGUGCUGCUGUUUAAGUGAAGCGGCAAAUACAUUUUUGUUGAAAAGAUAAUCGAGAUACAGCUAAAAUGAGAAUUUUGGAGCUAAUUUGAAGCUUAUAGCUCGCCAAAAUGCCACACCAAAGAGAGGCUAUUCCCUGGUCAGUGUUGGCAAUUUAUCAUUUAAUUCUUUUCCCUUAUCCCUUCCUCCCCCACCUUUUUCUUGCAGUUCUACUCGAUGAUUUACAGUUAGGCCAACUACCCCCUCCACUGUUUCCAAUCUUUCUUUUCUACCUUAGAAUUGGUUUAAUUAAUGACGAUAAAAUUUCAUAUAGUUAAGUAGAUUGAUGUUCUUUACAUUUCCUUUAGAUGGUAACUAGAUUCUCUUAACAUUAGAGAAAUUUAUUACUUUCUUAAUUGAACUUUUUGGCAAUUGUAACUAAUGAAUAUAUGAUCCAGUAUAAUUCAACUGCAA